CAACGGUUAUAUGUAUAUAUCCAACAACUUAAUUUCUUUUUAUUCACAAAAUUCACUUAUAUGUUCAUUUCAGUCUACACAUUAUAAAUUAAUAUCGAUGUGCAAGCAUUCAAGGGAUUUAUUAUUAACGCCUAAACGCGACGCAUCAUCUCAUUUAUAUAAGGCUCUUAGAAACAUAUGAUGACAACUAUCUAUAAGAUCAAAGGGAAAAUAUAUAUUGAUUAUACGAAUUAGAAGAAUUUUCAAAUGCAAACAAUGAAUGGAGCCAAUGAUGAUAAAACCAUAAUUGUAUCAAAGUGUGAUAUCGAGGAAGAUAAACAGUCGUCUGAAAAACAGACAGAUGAAUCCAGCAGAAAUGAGUACUUUUGGAAGAAUGCAAGUAAUAGAGAUCUCUUGAGGAGCUGUCAAAGUAAACAAAAUAAGGAAGAGUAUUCACCUCUACAAGACACGGAGUCAAAUAUCAAUCAUAUAAAACCCAAUAUAUACAUAUCGCGCACCACGCAAUAUAAAACGAUACCGUAUGAAACAUAUUGCAGGCAAAAACGGGCGGCAUAGGUGAUUUGGUUACGUGGACUAUAAAAUCUAAUCAAUUUAUUUCCAUGAUGUUCUAUGCUUUUACCUAAAUUGUUCGUUGUAUAACCGUUAUACAAUAUGGAAGUAAAUAGCUAUGAAUGACAAUAGUAUAUAGUAAUAUUAAUUUUGUACGACACUCAUAUCGAUGGAAAUGUAUUAAAAGCGCCAUGGAAGACUCUGGGAAAUAUAACGUUAGUAACAGAAAUAUCCUUUUGAACUUUAAAAUCAUUGCGUUGUAUAUAAUGUUCACCUCACAAGAUAGAUAAUAUUGUAUAUAUCGUCUAUAAACUAGGUAUCAUAGAUCUGGGAUCCUGAAGUUCAUGUUUCGAGAUUCCCAUAGACGUGAUAUAAAAGCUCAUCGUAA